AUGGGCUGUUUUUGUUUCGACGGCAGUUCGCGGGAUCCUUCCACACCCCCACCACAGAAGAACCCGACAAUCUCGAAAACGCCGAGCGACGCGAAGAGCCCGACUGCUAUUGGUAGAGCACCGAGCGACCCGAAGAGCCUGAGAGCGCUGAAGCGACAGAUUUCCAGCACCGCAGCAGAUCCUACUGGGAUCGCCACCAACACCGCCACAUUGCCAGAUCCAUCCCUCGUACCGAACCCAGCCGCAGCAGUUACCGCGUUACCGAAUCCAACCGUUCUACUACCGAACCCUAAUGCCGUCCCCACUGCGCUUCCGUGUCCCGACAGCGGGCCGUUGCUACCGACGGAAUCCGUUCACUUGACUAUAUCAAAUGAUGACAGUGAUAUCGCCUCCCCCGCUACAAAGCAGCCGCAGCAAGCGGCGUCCGCCUCGGUGCUAAGUCCGAACCCGGCGGGACCGGCGAUUCUAGUAUCCUCUGCUGCUACUAUUGCUACCAUUGCUGCUAUUGGUGCUAGUGAUGCUAAUACCAAUAGUAAUUCUCCCCAAAUCGCGUCUCCUGCUGUCCCCGCGGGGAGUGGCGGCGGGCGGAAGCUUCCAGAGUCCGCGCGGGCGGAAGAAGCCGUCCGCGGCGCAGCCGUUGCGCACCCCCAGCGCAUUGGCGCGCCUCCCCGUCCCCGCAUCUUCCGCCGCCGCCUCUUUCGCCGCCUCCGCCCCUCCGCCUCCUCCGCCGCUUCCGCCUCCUCCGCGUCCUCUAUCCCCGUCGGCGCAUCCUCCAUCUCCCCCUCCACCCGUUCCGCCUACCCCUCCGCGGCUUCCGCCUCCCCCGCCGCGCAUUCCCCCGGCGCCAGCCAACCCGCGGAAAACUCCUCCAAGAAUGCUUCUCCUCGAACCGCCGCGGCCGGCGCUGCGCCCGCGCAGGCCGGUUCCGCCACUCCCUCCCCCGCCGCUACGCCCUCCGCUGCCGGCGCUGGCGGCGUCCCCGGCGCUUCGCCGACCGCGGGGACGGCGGCGGCUGCGGUCCCCCUUCCGCUGCCAGUGAGCGGCGAGAUCGCCGCGCGCGCAGCUGUUGCGUCCAGUGCGCAACCCGCGAGCCCCGCGGGCGGCGCCGGGGGCGCAGGGGGCGCGGGAGGCGCGCGGGCUGUGUUUCCGCCUUCUCCCAGCGCCGCCCCCUUGGGUGCUAGGCGAGGCGAGCGAGAGUGGUUAACGGAGGUCAGUGUGGUGGCCCAUCUCGCCCACCCCAACCUCGUCUCCCUCGUGGGCUACUGCGCGCACCACCACCACCGCAUGCUCGUAUACCCCUACCUCCCCAACGGCUCCCUCGAGCAAAUACUUUUCGGGCUGCCCGCAAAGGAAACGCCACUGACGUGGCAGCAGCGGAUUGGCAUUGCGGUCGGGGCGGCAAAGGGCCUGGCCUAUCCGCACGAGGAAAUGGAGAAGCCGAUCAUCUACCGUGAUUUCAAGACGUCCAACAUCCUGCUAACCAAGGACUGGCAGGCCAAGCUCUCCGACUUUGGGCUCGCGAGAAGCGGGCCUGAGGGGGACAACACCCACGUGUCUACUCGGGUGGUGGGCACGGUGGGCUAUGCAGCCCCUGAGUACGUGCUGACGGGGCAUCUGACGGUGAAGAGUGACGUGUACAGCUUCGGGGUGGUGCUUCUGGAGCUGAUGACUGGCCGACUAGCUCUUGAUAAGUCAAGGCCCAAGGAGGAGCAGUCUCUAGCAGAGUGGGCAGCCCCCUUCCUCGCGUCGCCCUCCAUCUACCGCAUCAUGGACCCGGCCCUCUCCGGCCGCUACAGCGUGAAGGGCGCCCAGACGGCGGCGGCUGUAGCGAGGGACUGCCUUGACUGCCAGGCUCUUGCAGUCUCAUCUGUGGAUCUUUCUCCUGCCUUGUAA